UUAAGAAAGCAAUAAUGUUGUUAAUGAACAAACAAUGAAUCUUGCUGACAUGAUCCUACGUAUGUGCAUAAAAAGAUGCUUUAGUUAGCUGACAGAUGGGUCUUAAAAUCACGCCAGACAGACUAUAUUAGUGCCAAUUUACAUGCUGGCACAGAACCAAACUGUCUGAGUGAGUAAAGAAAAAAAAUUAGUCGAAGUAGAAUUUAAGAAAAAUAGGAUGAAAAAAGAAUCAGAAAUGUUAGAAUGAAAGAAAAAUAAAUAGAAAUAGAAAGUAAGGGAUGAUUGAUAGGUAAUGUCGCAAACCUAUUAACAUGAUUGUAUACAUUAUAAAUAUAUGUAUAUACAUUAUAAAUAUACUAUACAAUUCAUUAUAAAUCAAAUUAUAUAUUUUAUUAUAUCAUUUUAUUAAAUACUGUAUAUAUAAAUAAAAAAUAGGAAGUAGUUAGUUUUGGAAGUUCAUCUAUUUAAUUAAUUUGAUAUGAUUUAAAGGUUUGAUUUCUGGUUACCCUUACCAAAUGCACAUAUUCAAAUAAGGAAACAAAAUAAACAAAUAAAUGGUAAAAGUAGAAUUUAAGAAAAGAAUAGUGGAAGGAGGAAAAAUUAAAACAACAGAAAUGUUUUUGGAACAGAAAGAAACUGCUUAAUUUUAUAGGUGGUGUCGCAAACAUAUACUAAAAAUAUUAUUCAUAUAAUUUUACUGAAUACUAUAAUAUACAGUAUAUAAAAUAAAAUCAGUUUUACUAUAAUGUAUAAAAAUAGAAUUGCAUUAUAUAUAAUAAAACAGCUUCCAUUUUAUUAAUUUAUCACUGAAAAUGCAAACAAAUGAGAUUACAUUUAGGAAUAUAAUAAAUAAAAAAGUAGUAGUUAAUGUCUAUUUAUUAAUUUGGAGUAAAGGUUUGGUUUUGGUUCCCCUUAUUCAAAUAGCCUUUGCAUCAACUGUUUGAUUGGUUGUGUCCACUGUUCUGCUGUGUCACAAAGAGAAAUGAUGCGAGUUUGUUCACUGAUAAACUAAUACGGUAUAUGGAGGCAUUAGCUGAAUGAAAUCUGUAGGGAGCAUCAGACCCCUGGCCAGCAUGCAGCACUGUAUGGGUGGAGCACAGUAACCGAUCCCUUAUCUCUGAUUAGUGGAGAUGGUGAGGAUCCAUUCAGAUCUUAAGACCGAAGCACAGGCCUCAGUGGACAGGCUGGUAAUCUGUGCGUCCUCCCUGCCGUUGGGUAUUAGCUCUCCGAAAGCAGGGCUUAAGCUCAGGGGUUUUAAGAGCAAACAACCUGCUUUUCACUGUGCUAACCUGACAGCCAUAGACUACCGGCAACAUGAGAGCGCUCCAUUUCUUCAUGCUGCUGGGCCUGGGCCUCAUCCUCCUCGCUGCUCACAGUGAGGCACUGAAGUGUUACACCUGCAUGGGCUCCACAGAUGAAGACUGUAAUCGUCAGGGCUCCAAAACAUGUCCGAGCUACUCAGAUGCAUGUGCUGUUGUCCGUGGACAUGGCAGUGGCGUAAUGAAGUCGUGCUCGUACAAAUCCUUCUGCAGCCAGGCUAACAGCCAGGGCUACAGAGCUCCAGGGGUCAAAGUUCACUGCUGCUACUCCGAUGACUGCAAUGUGGCAGGACACGCCACCAGAAUCAGCACAGGCUUCAGCUUCCUCCUGGGCCUUCUGUUAUUCGUCUGGCAUCUGCUGUCAAACUAAUGCUACCCUAGACAAAUUGACCUGGCUAUUAAAGACCAUUACCAUUGUGGGACUUGAUGGAACUCUGUAUACUCUGUGAUUGUUAACAUACUGUUAAAAUCCCACACUGCAAAUGUCAGCAAAUGUACUGCCAUGGGAUUGUGCACGCAAUGCAUAUUAGGUUAAUAAAGCACACACACACAUACAGAGUUUCACAUACACAGAUUUUGUCAAAUUUCUACUCUGCAUAAAGCAAAUGUAUUUAUUAUUGCUCAGACUUUCUAGGAAUUCAAAAAAGCCAAAAGCCUUUUAUUCUGUAGGCCAAAUGAAUCUAAACGAACUCUUAUUAUAGGAAUGGUUCACUUAAAAAUGAAACCCCUGUCGUCAUUUACUCACCCUCAUGUCAUUCCAAAGCACAGAAAAAGUUAUAAAGCUUUUUUUGAACAUAGUUCCUUGGUCAACAUCAGUUUUCAUUGUACUGUAAGCAAAAUAACAGAACAUUUUAACUCCAAUUGUGUACCUAGAGUUAAGUAAAUGAGGACAGAAUUUUUAUUUUUUGGUGAGUUAUAUUUAAAAGCCAUUUUGUUCUAAUGAACAAAGAGUUUGGUAUAAUGAAGAAAGAGAUGUUUAAAGAUGAGCUUCAAAUAUGUUGUAAAUGAAUGUGUAGUUUAAUUUUCAUGUCUCUCUAUACAUGGAAAUGUACAUGAAGAUGACACUCUCUGGCUUGUUUGGCUUUUGUGCUUGAUUGUAAAUAAACACUGCUUUUUCCUUAUGGUUCAAUGGGUGUUUUCAUUCAUUCAGUCAAUCAUUCAUUUAUCUAUUUAUUUAGGAUGUAGUCAGGAAACAGUGAGCGUGACAAAUGGG